GUAAUCGCAGCAGCAACAAAGUGAAACUUUGUGGUUAUUUGAAGAAGAAGCGAAAUAAAGUUGGUGGUUGGCGUAAGAUGUGGUUUGUGCUGCAGGAUAAAUUACUGCUCUCCUAUGCCUCCAAGGAGGAGUAUGACAAUAAAUUGGUCUCAUUUAAAGAUGUACUCAACCUGGUGCCGGGUACAAUGGUGCGUCCUUUGUGUGGAUUUCGCUUCACCAUCGAGACAACUACGCACGUGAUGUAUACGUUUCAUUGUGAUGAUCGCAACGCCUAUCGUGAAUGGAUUACCAUGCUGUUGGAUAGCUUAUCCGCUACAGUAAGCACUAAAGUAAUUUCCGCCACUACCACCUCCUCUUCCCCAACAGCCUACUCUCUGCUGCCAUUGCAACAGCAACGUUUCCGCAACAUUUCCGUCGACAAUAUUCCGCAUGCGCUUUGGUCGAACGCAGCACAAAAUUCACAGCGUCAGCGUGAGCUCUCGUCCAGUUGUGAUUCAAUGCGGCAGCGCGCCGAAUUUAUGGAUGGCGCUACUGAGUACGCGCAUUUGGAGCGCAUAGGUAAUAUAAAAACCGUCGGUGGUAUAAAAUCAGCAGCGCGGUCGCCGUUAGCGCCAGCAUUGUCACUGCCCACUCACGGCAGCAGUGGUGGGGGUGGUGGUGGUGCGGCGGUGGUGCGUUUGCCAAUCGCGCGCAGCACUGCGAAAAUACUGGAGCGUAACGGCGUGAAUUCAAGCGGUCCGACGAAAAAAUACCAGCAGCAACAACAACAACAACAACAGCACCAGUACCAAAAACGACAGCAGCAACAAGUGAACUGUUGCAACAGGAGUAGUGGCACAACAGUGAACGCAACAGGUAGCAAAAGCAACAACAAAAAUAACCACAACAACUUUGGUAAUAAUAGCAACGACAACGUCGCAGAUGCUCGUUUAACUACUGAAGCGAGUGCGACCCACUUCCGUUUGCAUGGUGAAAGGCAUUGGAGUGAUUUUACCACACUCGACAACGGUCUACAUCAUUCGGGUACCGGUAGUACCACAACAUCAACUUCCUCAUCAAGCUCCUCGCAUCGGCCUAUCAAUCAAUCAGUUUUAAAAAUAAAUAGUAUGUUCCAACAACAACCAAAUUCUUCCUUGGUGUCAGAACAAUGUGUCAACACAGGUCACCACAAUGUGGUGAAUAAAGAAUUCCUACUGCAUCCAAAGCCUAAGCAACCGAACUGUGAUCAAAGCGAAUUUAUUCCAAAGCAUAACCAUAACAACAACUCAAAUAUUGAAACAAACGAUCGCAACAAUACAUUGUUUGUGGAUUGUUGUUCGGUGAAUGAUGAUGCUCAAGUUGUGGACAACAAUGUUGAUGGAGCAUAUUCCUGCUGCGCCAAAGAUAGCAAAGCAAUGGUAAUGGUGAAAGACCAAAUUCAGCGAAUGAACAUCAAAGGCCGGAAGGAAAUGAUGUCGUAUACGAAUGCAGACACAGUCGAUAGGCGUGAGCGCAAGCGAGUUGUCAUAAAGAAACGGUUGGAGGAGGAGUCGAUUAUUGAAGGAGCCAGUAUGUCAAAGGCAGUAGGCGGUGAAGAGUGCAGCGGAACAGUGUUAGACAGUAAUGGUGAAAAUGAUGUCGAGGUGCGACCACUUGCGCUGGGCAAAGAUGUGGAGACAACAUUGAACAGAUCUUCAGAGCCAAUUUAUGCUGUGGUCGAUUUAGCGCAUAAAUAUGCCCAACGACAGCAACGUUAUGGCAAAAAUAAUCUGAAAAAUUUAGAUACGAAUUUUUGUAGAAGUUACGAAAGCAUUCUUCAAGGUGUGGAACCUAGUAUUGUGGCGCCAAUCAGAGGCGGAUCGAUAGAGAAAUCCACUAGUAAAUUACAUGUCGAGGACGAUAUUGACGGCAUCUAUGAGGAUGGUGAUAAAUUUGCUGAAUGUUGUAAAAAUGGUGACAUGCCUGAUGGUGAAGAUGAUGAAAACAUAUACGAACCUGUGGGUUUCGAAAACUUCGCGAAUCCGAAGAUCAAUGACUCCGCGACGCAACCCAGUGCUCUUUGGCGAUACAUUACACGUUUGAAAGUUAAUUCACUGCUACAAUUUAGGCGCAUGCGCCGCAACAAUCAUCAUGUCGACUAUGAUACCAUUGAUUUACCUACGCACGCAAUAUCACCCACGCUUACACCAAAUGAUAGGAAAACAACGACACUAACAAAGAAACAUCAUCAUCAACAGCCUUCAACAGCGUGCACAGCAUCAACACCGACAUCACAAUUCGCCAACAUUAAACACAAAUUUGGCGCACAUCGAAAAUCAAUGCAAGUGCGCGUGCGUAAAAUGUGUGCGCGCACCCACGAACCAAAGACAACUUUCAGCAGCAGACAGCCAAUGCAGCAACAAAUUACACCUAAUGGUCACUUUAAUGAUGGAGCUACUAACGGCAUCAACACUGGCAGUAGCUGUGGUGCCAGCGCUAGUGGCGGUGUGGGCGGUAGUGGAGCGAAGAAAUCAAAGUAUCGUUGGAAAUCAGUGAAAAUUAGGCCAAAACAUUUCAAUGGCGCCACUUGCAGCAACAGCAGCAGCACAACCGAUGAUAUUAGCAACAAAACAACAACAACGCGGCCGAGUUUCUUUGGCAGUCUGCCGCAUUUGCGUAAAGCGCGUGUCUCACUUUUCUCCACGCCAAAUUUGCAUGCGGCGACGACGACAAAAGAUCAGAAUAGUAAUGUGAGUGGGGUGGUGAAUAAAGUGGCAGCGGAUUUGGCGCAUGCCGGUGACAAAAGUGAAUGAGCAGCUGAAUAUGAGUGUUGGGAAUUUUUCAAAACAAUUGUAUGUGUGUACACAUGUAUAUAAAUAUAUACAUGUGCAAGUUGAGAGAAUGUGUU